UUCUUUGCCGCGAUGCUCAUGGUCGCCGUGGCCGAGUUCGACAAGGACCCCACGGUGACGGCGAACAUGAUCAAGAUCGGGACACAAGUGGAGUACACCGGCAACAAGGACAGGUCGACUGGGAAGAAGACGACGGUGGUGACGGACGCGGAGGCCUUGUGGGCCAUGCUCUACGCUGACGACGCGACCAUCGUCUCGCGCUCGCCGGAGAGUCUCGAGAAGAUGAUGUCGGUCAUCGUGCGCGUGGCCGACCUGUUGGAACUGAUGGUAUCGGAGCCAAAGACGGAGAUCAUGUGCAUGUUGCCGAAAGGGAUCGAGGAACGCCCGUUCACGGUCAGCGCCGCCGGCCAGACGUACAAGCAGACAGAUCGGUUUGUGUACCGCGGACGCUGCGAGGAAACCAUCGAGGCCACCGUGCGCAAACGGAGACUGUGUUUUGCGGGCUUUGUUAUGCGCAUGGAGGACAGUCGCCUCCCCAAGCGCAUGCUGUUAGGAGCGAUGGCGGGGGGCGUGGGAUACCGGGGCGGGCAGGAGAGCGACUGGGUGUCUCGUCUAGGAGAGGACCUCGUGGCCUUCAACAUGGGAGACGAAAAGGAAGGGGCUCAAUGGAAAGAGAGCGCCAAGGACCCGGAGGUCGAGGACGGGGUGGCAUGGUUCAUGAGGAUAUGGCACAGGCAGGAGGCGGAAGCGUCCGCGAAGCGCCAGCGCGCCAGGGAAGCAGAAGCAGAGAGUACGGUCAUCUCACGACCGAAGAGCAAGAGAGCCGGGGAAGCGGCGGUAGGCGGGAAGAAAGGGCGACCAAGCACUGCUGUAGAAGCGAGUAGGGCGGCCGAGUCAGCAAAUGUGGCGAAUUAUGUACCUGGCUGA